AUGAGGUUUCUGCAACUUCUCGCCUACUGCGUCGCCGCCUCCGGUUUGGCUCUUCCGAAGUUUGACACAGACCUCGUAGUACGCGCUCCAGGCGACUUAGCUACUACGGAAAGCAUCGCAUUCGACGCCGACGGCAUCUUAUCCCGCGACUCUAGUGCGGCAUGGAUAGAGGCCGAGAAGGUCGUUGGCACCCUGAGGCACAACACAUACUACUAUUUCAUGUCCUGCAACAAGGCGUAUCCUGGCCAAAAGGGCAUGACUCCCUCUCAGCAGUACACCAUUGAUCAGACAGGCUGUCUACAUACUGGUCUGAUCAUUGGAAAGACUGCUGUCUUCCAGAAGAAGUUCAAGGCCAGCUAUCUCCACGUCAGGCGUCUGGCAGACAAUCCCAACACAUGGACUCAGACUAGACACGAUUGGGACGAAGUCAAGAGAAUGCAGCGUAUCGAUUACGGUGGUACUACGACAUCGUCCAAGGGCAAUCUCGAUAGGGUUGUGAGAAAGGGUGAGGAGUGGAUUGCAUUAUCUGGCGGCCAAUACUCUGCCGACUGGAAUUGCUUGGCCUACUACCGUUUCAUGGCCUCGAAGCUCUGA